AAGAUUGAAAAAGUAAAAGAAAUGGAGAAAUUGAGUUUUGUUUAAGAAAAAUGUGAUCUUGAGUUCAAAAUGUCAAAUCCAACCCCUCUUCUUCAAAGAGCACUACGAUGUGUGUCUCUGAUAACCCUGGAGCCAGCAAUCCUUCUCCAAACCUUCUCCCUUGGACUUGGCAUGGUUAUAGGACAAAACCUUCUCAUUGAUAAAUCCUGCAGGGAUCUUGAAUAUUCGGAGAAUGUAUGUGCUAAUAUUAACCAGCAUGCUGAGGAGAAUAGUCAGGUGGAAAGGAGGGCAAACUUAGUUCAGAUGUAUAUAAACAUCCUCUCAGCUAUUCCCAGUAUUGUUUUGGCGCUGUUUGUUGGUCCCUGGUCAGAUUUGAAUGGACGGAAACCAGUGAUAAUCAUUCCUAUGCUGGGAUAUCUGGCUUCACAAGUAGUCUGGAUAUUUAAUGCUUACUAUAAGGACUCCUCGGCCAUGUUCCUACUGUUUACAAGUGUGAGUAGCUUGUUUGGUGGAUAUGUUUGUUUACUAGUUGGUGUUUUCUCAUACCUCAGUGACGUCACAACAAUAAGGGAGAGAACAUCGCGGCUUGCAGCUCUAGACUUUUGUUUCUUUGGAGGUGUCCCCGCAGGAACUUUUGCGUCUGGUUAUGUCUUCAAAUAUUUUGGAUAUUAUGGAAUUUUUGGAUCUGUUGCAGUUUGUCAAGUGAUAAGUGCUCUCUAUGUGACGUUUUUUAUAGAAGAGACAAGAAUAUAUCAAGAUAAUGAUAUUACAGGGAUCGGAGAAAGGACUCCCCUAGCUAUCAUCAAUUUUCAUCAUGUACGAGAUGUCUUCCAAACAACCUUUAGGAAGCGUCAAUAUAAGUUCCGUCGCGUCAUCAUCAUUCUCAUAACCUGUAUGCUCUUUAAUGUCACGGUUUUUAGCGAUGGAAAUAUAUUCUACCUAUAUACAAGAAAAUUAUUCCAAUGGACGGAACAAGAGUUUACAAAAUUCCAAACUUUAGUUAUUUGUUUCAGUGCUGUCGCUUCACUUAUUGUUAUGCCUUUACUUAGCUAUAUUCUUAAGGUCCAUGAUGCGAUGAUCGGUAUUUUGGCGACGAUGUCUAAAAUAUCAAGUUUAGUUGUUAUUGCGUUUGCUACAAGUGGAACAGUUUUGUUUUUUGGAGCUUGUCUUGGAUGUAUCAGUUCUUUGUCAGGGAUUGUAAUUAGAUCUAUGUUAUCUAAGUGUGUUCAACCCUCAGAGCUUGGCAAAAUAUAUUCUCUUCUCGCUAGUUUUGAAGCAGCAGUUCCGUUGUUUGCAUCCCCUCUCUUCACUGCAGUUUAUAAUUCAACAAUAGACACCUUCCCAGGAGCAACCUUUCUAGUUUUAGCAUCAAUAUUUAUAGUUUCUCUAAUGCUGUUCUGCUAUGUGUUUUUUAUCCUCACAUUAACCGGACAGGAUUUUUCUGUUCUCGUGAGCCGUGAAGACGAACUACAUGAGGCCUUAGUUAGAGAAGAGAAUAUCAUUCAUAGCAUUGGGACAUGAUGCAAAUUUUAUGUUUACAAAAUUAGAGGAGCAAAUGAUGUAAAUAUUUAUAUAGAGAACUAAAACAUGAUGCAACUUUAUAUAUUUAUGAUACUUGGAAUAUGUUAAAACUUUUAUAAUUAUAUUUAUUUAGUUGGAAAAUGGUACAACUAGUAUGCCUUAAACAUGAGGCAACGUUUAUAUUUGAUAAGUUAAAACAUGAUUUAUGUACUCAUGAGAGCUAAAACAUGAUACAACUUUCAUAUUUUUGUAACAUUUAGUGUACCUAUACAGAGAAAGAAAAACAUUCAUCGUUUCAUGAAGAUUAAAACAUGUUAAAGUUUUAAGUUUACAAUUUUAAGAAUUCAUGAAGGCCGAAGUCCAAAGAUUUUCAUAUUUCGGAGACUUUAUAUCUACAGGGUGUCCCAAAAAACAUGGGAAUUCAGUGACGAAUUGUAUAUCGUCUUUGCUAUGAAUAAACAUUG